GAUCAGUUCACAGUUGACGUGAAUUGUUAUUAUGUUCAUGUCUGAAUCUGAAUUUCAAUAAUUAAUUGAUUGUCGCAAAACGAAAUGUGUAAUAAUUUAUUUUCAUUGACUUUAGUUUCCAAAUAAUAUCAAAAUACGUAUUCAUUCCCUAUCCCUACGAUAAACGUAAUAAAAAUGAGGCUUUUUAAUAUUAAUGGUGUAAACGGUUUCCAGGUGAUAUCUUUAAUUUUCGUUGUUUUUUAUCUUUUCGGUAUAUUAAAUAUUUAUUUUAGUGACAAAAAUAAUUAUUGUGCUAUGACAUAUAUGUUUGAGUAUCCUCAGUUUGUGCGUAUAGCUCUGGAUGAAAACAAAAUAUUUCCACAAUAUGGACUUUAUGCAUACAGCGAGGGAAGAUUCACGGAGAGAGCUAGAAAAAUGUGGUUUGAUGGUAUACCUGUACUUUUCCUGCCAGGAAAUUCAGGCAGUCACAUGCAGGCUAGAUCUUUGGCAUCUGUAGCUCUGAGGAAAGCAUUAUCAUCGAAAUAUGAAUACCAUUUUGAUUAUUUUACUAUAAGUUAUAAUGAAGAGCUCUCGGGUUUGUAUGGUGGUGUACUACAAAGCCAAACAGAGUUUGCUGCUGCUUGUGUAUCAAAAAUUUUGAGUCUUUACAAAAGCAAUGGAUUUACAAAGUCAGUUCCUACUUCGAUAAUACUUAUUGGACAUUCCAUGGGAGGACUUAUUGCUAAACGUCUUAUGGCACAUCCGAGUACAAUCAAUACAACUAAUGUUGCAAUAACAUUGGCAACGCCUCUUGAAGCUCCUGUUAUUAACGUUGAUUUAGAAAUAAAUGAAUAUUAUACAAUUAUGGACUAUGAAUGGAAAACUAAUGUCGAAAAAGAUAAGGAGAUAGAGGAAAAAAAGUUUUUAAUAAGCAUUGGAAGUGGACCACGUGAUGUAUUGGUUCCAUCCGGCCUGACCUCUUCCCUACACAGCCACACUACUGCUUUGGCUACUGCUAUUCCUGGUGUAUGGACAUCACCAGAUCAUGUCAGCAUGGUGUGGUGUAAGCAGCUGGUGAUGGUCAUUAACCGUUUCCUCUUCAAUAUAAUCGAUCAACAUACUACACAAAUUACGGAAAAUGGUCGGAUAAUAGCAGCUAGUGCUAAGCAAUAUUUUGAGGCGAAUCGAUCAAUGACACUAAAUCCAGGAAUAAUACGACCCAACAUGAUUAUGCAAGCUGAUUCGUUUUGGUACGAAGAUAAUAGACGUGUUUAUCAAAUAACACGGCCGGAGAUCGAAAGGACAACGCACCUGAUGAUAAGACUCAUAAGUUACCCUCAAAAUAGAUUUGUAGCAGUCGAAUCUGUGAAUGUGGACGAUAAAGAUUGGAUAUUUGGAUGCAACGCGAAGAAUGUAUACAAUUCACACAGAUACUGCAAAGAAGCAACCUCGCUGAGCGAACUGAGUCGCUGGACCGGUGCAGCUACUAACUUCGGCAAGAGGAAGCUGGCCACGAUACAUUUACAUAGACUGAUGGAAGUGAAACCGGACUGGACGCACGUUGUUGUCAAAGUGUCUCCGACUAAAAAGCCGAUAGUACUCAAUGUCGAUGUAAACGAUCACGCAUCGAGAGAAAUAUACGUUAAACUACCCGCAGAUAUAUCAUUCGGUUCACGUGUCGCAGUAGAUGAAACGGAACCGAAUAGUUUAUAUUACGAAUUGAUUCUGUCUGAUUUGAAUUAUGUCCACCAAGCGUAUUUGUUAUAUGUUGAGCCGACAAGCAGCUGUCAAGCGACACAAUACCACGUGACUGCUGAGUUACACGUACCAUGGGCGAAGAAUCAUGAAUCGUAUCAUUAUUUUACGCAUUUGAAAAAUACGCCCAUGAAAUUACGCAUAUUCAAAAACAACCCCAAUGUAACAACAGAAUGUCCAAACACAGAAAGGGUUAAGAUUACUCUUCUAUUAGAUCCAAAAUGCCAAUUUAAGAUUACUGUCUCAAACUCGUGGUACUAUCGCUUGGCACAACUCGCACGUAACUACACUCCAGUGUUAGUUCCCUACGUAGUGGCUAUAGUUUUACUCGCAGCUAGAAGUAAUUUGCAGAGCUUGAAAGAACGUGGCACAUGUAUAACGAUACACAGUGCUUUCAUGAGUGAAGGUGUGCAACCGUAUUACGUAUUGGUCUUUGGAAGAUUUGUUGGUGUGUCGGUGAUGGCCGUGCCGUUUGUAUCAUUUCUAUUCGAGAAUGCCAGUUGGAAUAAUCUUGAAGUACUAAAUUUCACUCGAUCUCUCCUAGUGUUGCCAACUUAUAUGACUGCUUUGGGAAUAUUAAAUGUUCUUGGUUUUGUAGUACUGUUUGUAAUGUUAUUUUCAUCGCAGUUGGCUCACCGACUCCUAUUUAGGAUUGUAUGGCGUGGUGGUACAGGGCUAGCUGAGAGGAUAUCAGAGGGGCUACAAAAAGUGCCAAUGAUCAUGACUACUGCUCUCAUUUGUGCUGUGCCUCUUUCUUGUGGUGCUGCAUCUUUGGCUGUUGGUGGUGCAUUCUAUGCAUUUUUGAUAUCUAAAAUGCUCGAAGAAUAUCUUGAAGAUUACGUUUAUAUACUGAUGUCUAAAGCAGCCAGCAGGAUCUGUCGUAUGUUUAAAGCCAAAGAAACUGAAGUUACCACAACAACAGGUCCAUCGUCAAAUGAUAAAGGCAAAGUGAAAGAGCCCGAGUCUACAGAAGAUAAAAAAGCAAAGCUAUUAGAAGAAUGGAAGCAUAUUAAUGACUUGAAUAGUAUAAACUUUCACAUUAUGCUAUUUUUCAUGUGGAUGGCAGUGACUCUUAUUAAUUUACCGGCUUUAUUGACAUGGGCACGAAACUUCAAGUAUGAUACGGUUUUGAAACCAGAUACAUCCUACUACACCGGUUUCAUCAUGUCAGCAUGUUCAGCUAUUGUUUGGCAGAUGGAUACUCCCAAGAAGUUUUUGUUACAUUAUGAAAGUGUGGGUCAUAUGCUCUACAUCGUGGCAAUCAUGAUUUUAGCCUUUGGGCCAUUUUCUCUUACAAUUGUCAACUAUGCUGUUACAUUUAUGUUUACGGUCAUUACAAUACAUCAAUGGUGUGGUAAAGAAGAUUUAGCCCAAGUAAUAUCUGAACAGAACAUGAAAAGAGGAGUUAGUAAGGAUGAUGAUGAUAAGACAGCUAAUAAAAUGGAUCUGGAAACCAAAAAUAAAAAUGACGAAACAAAAUUUAAUUGUGAUACAGGGCCAAUAAAUGAAAAUGUUACUGACGAAAAAGCCAAUGAAAAUGUUGCUGACGAAAAAGCCAAUGAAAAUGUUGCUGACGAAAAAGCCAAUGAAAAUGUUGCCGACGAAAAAGCCAAUGAAAAUGAAGAAAAUGCCACUGAACGUGAUGUGCCCAACGAAAAUAAGAUUUACAAUAUAUUCAAAAAUCUCAGAGAGAAGCUUAGUUUCAAUAACAAUUUGGAACAAUAAUUAAUCAAAGUCCAUUUAUUUUUGGAAUUUAUUAUUUGUAUAUAUGUUGUAGAAUGUUGACAAAGAUAUUUUAAUGUAUUGACUAUUUUAAUAGAGAUAUUAAUGUAACUAGUCCAACAAUAUUUUACCAGUGUACCAUAUAAGAAUUAAUAAUUGAAAAAAAAAGUGUAGUCAGUACUAGUAGAUGUCUUAUGUAUGCAUUUUAUCCGCAGCAAACAAAAACUUGUUUAAGAAUAUUGUAAACAUCUCAAAAAAUAUGUAAUUUUGUAUAAUAAUGGCCUAUUUUUUGUGCCAAUAUUUUAAAACAGUGGCCUGACCCAACAUAGUCCUGGUUGUACAAUUAUCUGUCUUAGUAUACAUUACGUCUCCGGAAGUGUUUGUUGAAAGUCACUGACAAAUAUGAGAAUACUCUUUAUUUAUAUAGUACAAAUAACACAUCAGACCAUGGGCCACUAUAUUUUUUAUAGAACAUUUUAAAUAAUAAAAAGUUAUUAACAUUACAUACUUCUAGUAUUCAACUGUUUCUGAAAGAUAACAGUUUCUAGUAAAUAAUAGACUUAAGCAUAGUACUGUUAACUCAUACUGUGGUAUUUUUCUUACUUCAAGAAUAUUUAUUUACCUGUAGUUACAUCUAAACAAAAGGUUAGAUUUGUAUAUUUUACAUGCACAAAAGGAACCUUUAUUAUAACUAUUUUGUUGGAUAAGUAAUAUCAUGACAUCAACGAAAGUAUUCAAAUUUCACGCCAGAUAAUGACUUCUAGAAAAAUUUGAAUAUCUCUGGUUACAUUAUUGUAAUUUUCAUAAGGAUCUCUUAAUAUUUUUGAAAAUAUAUGUCUAUGUUACUUGUUGAUACUAUAUUCUAUGUGUGUAGUGAAAGAAUUUUUAAAAUCAAUUAAGUAGUUUUCAAUUAUAUCCAUUACAAAUUA